CGCCUAAUGCGCAGGCGCCGCCUAGAAGUGACUUCUCCAAAAAGUGUCUUAGUUCUCGGUCACCUGAGCUCGGGGGUGACUCGGCUGCGGUAGGCUUCGCAGCUACCCGCCCUCUGCGGGUCCUGCCUGGUGACCCCUCCCUCUUCUCUUGCCCAUCGCUCCACCACCCCAAACCCUCCAAGGGCCUGUCCUUUCCGUUCUGCCUUUUCCCAGCCGCGGGUCGGACCGGGCCGAGCCGGGCAGCCUGGGCGCGGUCUCCGACCAUGGCGUCUCUCUUCAAGAAGAAAACCGUGGAUGAUGUAAUAAAGGAACAGAAUCGAGAAUUACGAGGUACGCAGAGGGCUAUAAUCAGAGAUCGAGCAGCUUUAGAGAAACAAGAAAAACAGCUGGAAUUAGAAAUUAAGAAAAUGGCUAAGAUUGGUAAUAAAGAAGCUUGCAGAGUUUUAGCAAAACAGCUUGUUCAUCUACGGAAACAGAAAACAAGAACUUUUGCUGUAAGUUCUAAAGUCACUUCUAUGUCCACACAAACAAAAGUGAUGAAUUCCCAGAUGAAGAUGGCAGGAGCAAUGUCUACUACAGCAAAAACAAUGCAAGCAGUUAACAAGAAGAUGGAUCCACAAAAGACGUUACAAACAAUGCAGAACUUCCAGAAGGAGAACAUGAAAAUGGAAAUGACUGAAGAAAUGAUCAAUGACACACUUGAUGACAUCUUUGAUGGCUCUGAUGAUGAAGAAGAAAGCCAAGAUAUUGUGAAUCAAGUUCUUGAUGAAAUCGGAAUUGAAAUCUCUGGAAAGAUGGCCAAAGCUCCAUCAGCUGCUCGAAGCUUACCAUCUGCCUCUACUUCAAAGGCUACGAUCUCCGAUGAAGAGAUUGAACGGCAACUCAAAGCUUUAGGAGUAGAUUAGUCAGAAAAACUAUGAUAUUUUGCUUACUUACAAUUAUUUAGUAUAAAUCAGGCACAGUGCAGAUUUCCUUUUACAAAACACAUUUAUUUGCAAAAAUGAAGACCACGAGCAAACAGUUGUUUCCUAACCUAUGGCUAUUUUGAAUCUUUUACCAAAGAAUGACAAGGAUGCAAAAAUGGGAACAGUUGGAUUUUAAUGAGAACUAUUUAGGAGCGAGGAUGUGUAAAAAGUUGACUUCUUUUUUGCAUGGCAUAGAGAAAUUAUAUUCAUUACGUAGUGUUUACGUUCUAUGUGUUUUUACACGGAAUACAAAAAUCUUGUUAAAUGCCACUAGGCACCAACUAAAGAGACUUGUAAAAAAUAUUAAAAAUAUAUCAUUAAUUCUGUAUCUGUUGCUUGUCCUUUGUGAGUGAUAUGUGUUAGGACCAUAGGCGGUUCAGCUGCCAAAUUAUUUUUAAAUGAGCCAAAAGAAGAGUGCUAUAUAAACAUUUGUCUUAAAAACUGUCAUGGGUUUUUCCUUUUUCCUUUUUUUUUUCCUUUGGGAGAACAUUCUAGUUGGUAAGUUUAUUACCUUUCAAAAUGUGCUUGGCACCUGCCUUAAAUAGAACAAAUAUAUUGUGCACAUCUUUAAAUUAUUUUAACUGACAGAAAAAAUUACAUUUUAAAUUAAUAUUGAGGCCUCUUAGAAAAAUUAUCCGGUUCUCUUUUGUAAAAGCUUAUAAAAAUGAAAAUAAUUAGCAAAAACAGACACUGAAUUAAUAACAUUUUAUAGUAAUAAAACUACAUUUUGGUCUUUCUUCCAAGAACUGAGAAAAUUUUCCCCAUGUGAGAUACUAUUUAAUAUGUUUAAUUUUGAUCUUUAUUGUGUAUAUUGAACACUCUAAAUGGAAGCCAUCUUUAGUUUAAGACUACUAUGACAAUACUUAACCUAAAUUUUAAAAUAAAAAUUAGCAUUUUUUCCUUGGUAAAUAAACUACAACUUUGUCAGAAAUUAUUUCCUAAAUGUGUAUUAAUGUAUUAGCAGUAUUUUUUAAGGUGAAGUUGCUAUGGUAUUUAAUGUAUGUAUAGAAAGUGAGGAAAAAGUAAAGUGGCAGAUUAGAGAAUUUAGGAUUAGGUUAGUUUGAAAAAGUUCUGUUGUAAUAUAUGGGUUCUAGCACAUCCCACCAUAAACAUUGGAGGAGAGAUCAGUUAGGUGUGACCAGAUCAACAUCUGAUGAUGGACAUUUUGGUCUAAUGUUGACAAGGUAAAUCCAUUUUAGGGCUAGUAUCCAUAUGGCAUAUGGAUUGGUGGGACGAAUGAAAAGUUAAACUAUUUAAUUUAUAAUUCAUGAAGCAUUGUAUGAUGUUCAUAGAUAAGGUUGCAUUGUUUACAGUAUUAGUUUCCCUGAACAUUGAUGGGUCAAAACAUUUUACUGGAUUAUGGAAUGUUAACCCAGAAUUUGUUUUGAUUCUUGGAUGUACAUAAUAAUGCCAACUAACUUUAUUUACUUUCUUGUUUACAUGCGGGGGGGCUUUUGUUUUUAAAAAUUAUUUUGUUAAAAAGAUUCCAAUAAAGAUUUAUUGCUAUUA